ACUCCCAACCUCUUCCUCCUCCCGCAGGCCUACUUCCGCCAGGGGGUCGCCCUGCAGUACCUGGGUCGUCACGCCGACGCCCUGGCGGCGUUCGCCUCCGGCCUCGCCCAGGACCCCAAGAGCCUGCAGCUGCUGGUGGGCAUGGUGGAGGCCGCCAUGAAGUCGCCCCUCGGAGAGUCCCUUGAGCCGACCUACCAGCAGCUGCGGAGGAUGAAGCUGGACAAGAGCCCGUUCGUGGUGGUGUCCGUCGUCGGCCAGGAGCUGCUGACCCACGGUUUCCACGCCGCCUCGGUGGUGGUGCUGGAGGCGGGGCUUAAGAUCGGCACGUGCUCCCUGAAGCUGCGCGGCUCCGUCUUCUCGGCGCUGAGCUCCGCCUACUGGGCUCUGGGCAACGUGGAGAAGAGCGUCUUCUACAUGCAGCAGGACCUGGAGGUCACCAAGACCUUAGGGGACCAGACGGGGGAGUGCCGCGCUCACGGGAACCUCGGCUCCGCCCUCUUCUCCAAAGGCAGCUUCAGAGAAGCGCUCGCCAACCACAGGAACCAGCUGGUGCUCGCCAUGAAGCUCAAGGACAGGGAGGCGGCGUCCGGCGCCCUCAGCAGCCUGGGUCACGUGUACACGGCCAUCGGCGACUUCCCCAACGCGCUGGCGAGCCACAAGCAGUGUGCGCUGCUGGCGCGGCAGACCGGCAGCCGGCUGCACGAGGCGCGGCAGCUGGGCAACGUGGGCGCCGUCUACACGGCGCUGGGCGACUUCAGCAACGCCGUGCGCAGCCACGAGCAGCACCUGGACAUCGCCAAGUCUCUGGAGAACCGGCGCGAGGAGGCGCGGGCCUACAGCAACCUGGGCAGCGCCUUCCACUCCCAGCGGGACUUCGACAAGGCCGUCUCGUACCACGGCCGGGUGCUGCAGCUGGGCCAGCAGCUGGGGGACCGGGCCAUCGAGAUGAGGGCCUACGCCGGGCUGGGGCACGCCGCCCGCUGCAUGCAGGACCUGGAGAGAGCUCGCGUGCACCACCAGCACCAGCUGGAGAUCGCGGAGGAGCUGCAGGACCGGGCGGCUCAGGGCCGAGCGUCCUCCAACCUGGGCAUCAUCCACCAGAUGAAGGGCGAGUACGAGACGGCGCUGAAGCUCCACCAGGCGCACCUGUCCCUCGCCCAGGAGCUGAGCGACUACGCCGCCCAGGGUCGGGCCUACGGCAACAUGGGCAACGCCCACCACGCCCUCGGCGUUUACGACCAGGCCGUCCGCUUCCACCGCCAGGAGCUGCAGAUCUCUGUGGAGGUGAACGACCGGCCGUCCCAGGCCUCCACGCACGGCAACCUGGCCGUGGCGUACCAGGCGCUGGGCGCCCACGAACAGGCCCUGCAGCACUACCUGCACCACCUGGCCAUCGCGCGGGAGCUCCGGGACGCCCAGAGCGAGGCCAGGGCGCUAGCGAACUUGGGCAACUUCCACAGCUGGAGGGGCGAGUACGCCCAGGCCCUGCCGUACUACGGGCAGUACCUGGCCCUGGCCCCCGGCCUGCAGGACCUGGAGGGGGAAGGGAAGGUUUGCCACAACCUGGGCUACGCUCACUACUGCCUGGGGCAGUACGGCGACGCCGUCAGGUAUUACGAGCAGGACCUGGCCUUGGCGAAGGACCUCCAGGACAAGCUCUCCCAGGCCAAGGCCUACUGUAACCUGGGCCUGGCCCACAAAGCCCUGGGGGAGCACAAGAAGGCGGAGGAGUGUCAGAGAUACCUGCUCUCCCUGGCGCAGGCCUUGGACAACACACAGGCGGUGUUCAGGGCUUUCGGUAACCUUGGUGACGUGUGCGCGUGUCGGGGCGACCUCCCGGCGGCGCUGAGGUUCUACCAGCAGCAGCUGAGUCUGGCUCAGAAGGUCAGCGAUCAGAGGAUGGAGGCCGACGCCUACUCGGCCCUCGGGUCCGUCCACAGGCUGCUCCGCCAGCUGGACGCGGCCUUGUCCUUCCACAGCCAGGAGCUGACGGUGCGCAAGGACCUGGCCGAUCAGCAGGGGGAGUGCCGCGCCCUCGGCCACCUGGCGGCCGUGCACAUGGCGCUGGGCGACUACGCCACCACAUUCCAGUGUUACCGGGCCCAGCUGGGCCUGGCGCAGGGACUCAGGGACGCCGGCCUGGAGGCGCAGGUCCACGGGAACAUGGGCAUCACCAAGAUGAACAUGGGCGUGUUCGAGGAGGCCAUCGGCUACUUCGAGCAGCAGCUGGCCAUGCUGCAGCAGCUGAGCGGCACCGAGAGCGUGCUGGACCGCGGCCGGGCCUACGGGAACCUGGCGGACUGCUACGACGCUCUGGGGGACCACGAGGAGGCCAUUCAGUACUACGAGAAGUACCUGGCGGUGGCUCAGAGUCUGGACCACGUCCAGGACCAGGAGAAGGCCUACAGGGGACUCGGCAAUGCACACAGGUCCAUGGGCAGCCUCCAGCAGGCCCUGGUGUGCUUCGAGAAGCGGCUGGUGGUGGCCCACGAGCUGGGCGGCGAGGCCGGGGGCAAGGCCCAGGCCUACGGCGAGCUGGGCACUUUGCACAGCCAGCUGGGCAACUACGAGCAGUCGCUGUCCUGCCUGGAGCACCAGCUGAGCAUCGCCCGCGCGGCGGGGGAUAAACCCCUGGAGGCGGAGGCCAGCGACGCGCUUGGCGGCGUCUACCAGCUGAUGGCCGACAACGAGACGGCGCUACAGUGGCACCAGAGGGCGCUGGACAUCGGCGAGCAGACGGGGUGCGUGAGGAGCCAGGGCCGGGCCUACGGGAACCUGGGGCUGACCUACGAGGCCCUCGGCAAGUACGAGCGGGCCGUGGUCUUCCAGGAGCAGCACCUGAGCGUGGCGGCGCAGACCAGCGACCUGAUCGGCAAAACGCUGGCCUACGGGAGCCUGGGCAGGACGCACCACGCCCUGCAGAACUACGCCCAGGCCGUGAUGUACCUGCAGGAAGGUCUGCGUCUGUCGGAGCAGUUGGGUCGCAGAGAAGAUGAGGCAAAGAUUCGCCAUCGCCUCGGCCUCUCGCUGUGGGCCGGAGGGAACCUGGAGGAGGCCCAGCACCAGUUGCACAGGUCCUCCGUGCUGUUCGAGGCGAUCCGUCGGGAGACGCAGCACAGCACCGACUGCAAGCUGUCCCUGUUCGACCUGCAGACCAGCUCGUACCAGGCCCUCCAGAGUGUCCUCGUCAGCCUCGGACGCCACGACGAGGCGCUGGCCACGGCGGAGCGAGGCCGCACGCGAGCCUUCGCCGACCUCCUGGUGGAGCGGCAGAAGGGGGGCGGGCCGGCCGCGACCUCCGACCCCUACGGGCCCGUCACCGUGGAGCACAUCCUGGAGACGGUGAACGGGCAGCGGGCCCUGGUGCUCUACUACUCGCUGGCGGGGGGGUUUCUGUACAGCUGGCUGAUCUCCCCGGGGACAGGUAUCGUGAAGUUCAACGAGGUGUACCUGGGAGAAUCCGGCCUGGAGGAGUUCCAUGACGCCGGUGGUGGGAGUCCGCAGGGCGGAGGAGGUGGGGGAGGUCCUCUGUCUCUGGAUCAGUACAUCGGCAACGCCAGGGAGGCUCUGGGCGUGGACAGCCAUCACAGCAGGCGGUGCUCCGGCAGCGAGACGGAGAGCGAGGCAGGAGACCUGUUGGAGCUGAACCACGACCCCACCGGGUACCUCCGCAUGGUGUCCCGCAACAACCUCUUCAACAGAAGCUGUCAGAGCAUGACGAGCCUCUACAGCUCCACGGUGUCUCCGGCGAAAGACGUCCCGUCGUCUCCGCCGCGGCGGCCGAGCGCCCUGAGCAGAGCCCCGCCCCUCCGGGCCCUGUACGACCUGCUCAUAGCGCCCAUGGAGGGGGCGCUGAUGCACAGCAGUGGACCCGUGGGCCGGCACAGGCAGCUGGUGCUGGUGCUGGAGGGGGAGUUGUACCUCGUCCCGUUCGCUUUGCUCAAAGGCAGCUCCUCCAACGAGUACCUCUACGAAAGGUUCAGCCUCAUCUCGGUGCCUUCGUUAGGCAGCCUGGGAGCCGCCAUCAAGCCGCCGUCCCGCCGCGGGGGGCCCGCGCUGUGCUCGGACGGAGGCUCGGUGGCCGCGGUGGUCGGGGCUCCUCGCCUGCCCCCCUCGGUGAUGGACCGCUGGCUGUGGGGCCCGCUGCCCUCGGCCCAGGACGAGGCUCUGUGGCUGGGGGAGCAGCUGGGGUGCCGCCCCCUGGCCGGCGCCGGCGCCACCAAGGAGCGCGUGCUGGCGGCGCUGGGCCCAGCGGAGUGCGUCCACUUCGCCACGCACGUGUCCUGGAAGCUCGCCGCCUUGGUGCUGGCCCCCGGCCGGGAGCACGGCGCCGGGGAGGGGCCGGCGGCGGCUGGGCGGCCGCGCGAAAGGUCGCCGCGCGGCGGGUCGGCGUCUUCGCUGGGAAGGGCUGAGGAGACGAGCUAGGACGGGGAGAGCGCCUACUACAGUCCGCCGCUUCACGACUUCCUCCUCACGGCCGCGGACAUCCGGGACCUGAGCCUGUCCGUCAAGCUGGUGGUCCUGAGGGUGUACCCAGAGUCCAGCAGCAGGGCGACGGCCGACGGCGUGGUGGGUCUGACCCCAGCCUUCCUGGGGGCGGGGGUCCAGUGCGUGUGCGUGUCCCUGGGGCCGGGGCCCGUGGCGGCCUCCAAGCUCUUCACGCACGCCUUCUACUCGGGGCUCCUCGCCGGCACCAAAGCCAGCGCGGCCCUGACGGACGCCAUGAAGGGGCUGCAAAACAACAAGCACUUCUCCCACCCCUCCAACUGGGCAGGCUACAUGCUGGUGGGGGCCGACGUGAAGCUCAACAGCCCCAUGUCUCUGGUGGCUCAGGCCCUCGCAGAGAUCCUGCAGCACCCGGAGAGAGCGAGGGACGCCCUGAGGGUGCUGCUGCACCUGGUGGAGAAAUCUCUGCAGCGCAUCCAGAGCGGCCAGAGCAACCCGAUGUACACGUCUCAGCAGAGCGUGGAGAACAAGGUCGGCGGCGUCCCCGGCUGGCAGGCGCUGCUCUCCGCGGUGGGCUUCCGGUUGGACUUCUCGGCGGGCGGCGCCGGGCCCCCCGCCGCGGUUUUCUUCCCCACCUCGGACCCCGGGGACCGGCUGCAGCAGUGCAGCACCACCCUGCAGGCUCUGCUGGGUCUGACCCCCCCGGGCCUGCAGGCCCUCUGCAAGCUGGUCACCGCGUCCGAGGCCGGAGAGCAGCUCAUCCACAAGCUCCACCAGGUGCUGGUGCAGCUGCAGGCGGGCGACAGGGAGCAGGACUUCUCUCUGGCCCCCGUCCAGGUGGCGAUAAGCGUGCAGCUCUGGAGGCUUCCGGGCUGCCACGAGUUCCUGGCGGCGCUCGGGUUGGACCUGUGCGAGGUGGGUCAGGAGGAGGUGCUGCUGAAGACGGGGAAGCAGGCCAGCAGGCGCGUCGUGCACUUCGCCCUGCAGGCGCUUCUCGCCCUCUUUGAAUCCACGGAGCUCCCCAAGCGCCUGAGCAUGGAUAGCUCCUCCCUCCUGGAGUCUCUGUCCUCCUCCCAGUCCGCCUCCCAGCCCCACUCCUUGGCCCUCUCCUUUGGCUGGUACCCCCCCCAGCCCUCCUUCCUGCCCCCGGCGUGCCCGGACAACCUCUCCUGCGACGCCAUCUCCGUCUACAGCCUCAGCUCCCUCGCCUCCUCGCUCAGCUUCCUGUCGCGGCCCGAGCCCGCCGGGAGUGACAUCAUCAGCCAGCGCCCGCACCAGCAAGAGCCGGAGAGGCCUCGCGGCGGCGGGGGCCUCUACGCCUCACACCGCCACUCGGGCGGCCUGCCGAGAGGUCGACCGAGCGAUCCCGGAGGAGGAGGAGGAGGAGGCGGGGAGGAGGAGUACGAGGGCUACUCCAUUAUAAGCAGUGAGCCGUUGGGGCGGGGGAGGAGGGAGUGCGACACGUUGCCCCUGCCCGGGGGACACAGAUCCGCGAGAGGCGGAGCCAGAAGGGGGUCCGCCGGGGGUCACGGGUGCCCGCUCACCAUUUCCUCCAAGGGAAGCAUCAGCACGCCGACGUCGCCGAUUAAAGCGCCGCCGCCGCCGCCAAAAGCCCCCAACGGCUCCAGAGCCGAGCUGGACACCUGUCCUCCUCGGAGGACGGGGAAAGGGAAGGCGAGCAGCUCGGAGUCGGACCAGUCCAGCACGGAGACGGACAGCACGGUGAAGUCCCAGGAGGAGAGGACGGUGCCGGUGGGACAGCUGGACCCGCAGGAGCUGGCCCAGAAGAUUUUGGAGGAGACGCAGAGCCACAUGCAGGCCGUGGAGAGCCUUCAGAAGGCGGCGAGGGGGGCGGGGUCUCCCGCAACCGGGGGAGCGCGAGGCUUUCAGCCCUCCGAGAGCAGCGCCUUCAGCCGGCCCCCCAGCGGAGCCGGCCUGAAGCCUCGCUCCUCCCCUCUCUCCCCCCCGGCCCCUCCCCCGACGCGUCCCAAACCCCCGUCACGCUCCUCGUCGCUGCAGAUGCUCGUUGUCCCGGCUCCCCCCUCGCCCCCGUCGUCCCUCCCGGAGGCGUCCCUCCGGCUCAGGCCGAGGUAUCCAACCUCGCCGUAUUCCGGCCACAUCUCGCCGGCCCUCUCCUGCUCCUCGGGGGGGUCCGUCUCCGGCCCCUCCAGCCCCGCAGACACCCCCGAACCGGAUCGGUCCAAGCGGGACCACAAGAUCCAGGCCGUCCACGACUUAAAGACCUUCUGGGCGGGACAGAAACACGAGCUGCCCAGCGCCGCCAGCCUGCUGCGAGGGGGGACCGGUAGGAGGAUGACCACGGUCCAGAAGGACGUGCUGGGCUUGCUCCACCUCUCCCCGAGACACGAGCCCUCGAGCAAAAGCGCCGAGGCGUCGAACAGCGACCGGCCGAACGUACGGCAAAAAACGGGGGCCAAGCCGCCGCCACCGCCGCCGCCACCGAAAGGAGGCGUGAAGCUCCCCUCAGGGAACGGAUUCAAGUUCCUCUCCCCCGGACACUUCUUCCCUUCCUCCAAAUGCUGAGGGUCCUCCUCUGGGUUUGUCCCCUAACACCUUCUGGGUGUUUUUAAGCAACACCUGCUGAUCUAAAAGAACUUUAGUGCUGUUUCGUACCGACUGGUUUUUGGUGAAGGGAUGUUUUGAAUGUGAUGACUGUGCCUUCGUUGUGGAGAGAGCUAGAAGGACGAGACAAGAGACAAUCUCUGGCUUGGAGAGCAUGUGUUCCAUGUCUCCUUGUCUCCAUCUCUCCACAUGUCAUUGCCUCUUGUCUCUGUGUCUCCAUCUCUCCGAAUAUCGUUGUCUCCAUGUCUCCUUGUCUCGUCCUCCCAGUCUGCCGACUGAGCGCCUUCCUCCUAAAUGUUCGCUAUACGUUUGUGAGAGUUGACCUGAAUUAGAUUUUGAUUUAUGGUGUGUUAAUUAUGGUUGAACAUUGCUGCGAUUGAUGUUUAUUUUGUAAAGUAAGCUGUGUUUUUCCGGUCAUUACAACACAUUUUAUAUGAAGAUAAUUGAUGACGAGGGGCAAACCUUUUGAUAUUUUUUAUGAGGAUGUGUAUGAUCAUCAGCAUGGUACCAAAUAACUUUAUAAUGUACCAUUUUGCAGCAAUGCCGGACUCCUAUAUAGAAAUAUCUGAACAUGUGGAAGAAUAAAAAUGUUUGUUUCCUUC